AUGGCUAUGGCGUCGACUUCACAUGUUGAAGAAGCCGUGGUUGAAGAUCAUGAAGAAGAUGAUGGACCAUUACUUAUUGCAAAACUUGAAGGUCAAGGAAUUACUAGUGGAGAUAUUAAAAAACUUCAAGAAGCUGGAUACCACACAAUAGAAUCUAUUGCUUUUGCGACAAAAAAACAUCUCAUUACCAUUAAGGGCAUAAGUGAAGCAAAAGCUGAUAAAAUAUUGGCUGAAGCAUCAAAAAUGGUCCCACUCGGUUUUACUUCUGCUACAAUAUUUCAUCUAAAGAGAUCUGAAAUCAUUCAAUUGACUACUGGUUCAAAAGAAUUAGACCGUUUAUUAGGUGGUGGCAUUGAGACUGGUUCAAUCACAGAAAUAUUUGGGGAGUUUAGAACUGGUAAAACACAACUGUGCCAUACUUUGGCUGUAACUUGUCAGCUACCUAUUGGUCAAAAUGGAGGAGAAGGAAAAUGCCUCUAUAUUGACACUGAGGGUACAUUCCGGCCAGAACGAUUGCUUUCAGUAGCUGAAAGAUAUCAGUUGGUAGGAAGUGAUGUACUUGAUAAUAUUGCUUGUGCCAGAGCAUAUAAUACAGAUCAUCAAACACAAUUAUUAUUGCAAGCUGGAGCUAUGAUGGCUGAAUCUAGGUAUGCAUUAUUGAUUGUGGAUAGUGCCAUGGCUUUAUAUAGAACAGAUUAUUCUGGUAGAGGUGAAUUAUCUGCUAGACAGAAUCAUUUGGCCAGAUUUCUCAGAAUGUUAUUACGUCUUGCAGAUGAGUUUGGGGUUGCUGUAGUAAUAACUAAUCAAGUAGUUGCUCAAGUGGAUGGUGCUUCUAUGUUUGCGGCAGAUCCAAAAAAACCGGUUGGUGGAAAUAUAAUGGCUCAUGCGUCUACUACUAGAUUGUACUUGCGUAAAGGCAGAGGUGAAACAAGAAUUUGCAAGAUAUAUGAUUCUCCUUGCUUACCGGAGUCUGAAGCAAUGUUUGCUAUUAAUGCUGAUGGAAUUGGAGACGCAAAAGAGUAA